AUGGCCAAAACCAUCCUCUUCCUCCUCCUCGCCAUCCUCUCCUCGGCCACGGCCACCACCCGAAACCACCAUGGCCACGGAGACAAGCUAACGCGUUUCCAUUUCUACAUACACGACAUCCCGGUCGCGGCCAAGCCCACGGCCGUGGAAGUGGCCGGAGCUCCAUCCUUCAACAAAUCACCCGUCCGCUUCUCGAGAGUCUCGGUCGUGGACGACCCGAUAACCGAGACACCUGAUCCGAAAUCCAGGAUCUUAGGUCGGGUCCAGGGGCUGUACGCCUUCUCGUCGCAGACGGAGGCCUCGUUGUCGGUGUUCUUGAACAUAGUGUUCACGGACAAGAAGUACAAUGGGAGUCAGAUCAAUUUCUUAGGACAGGACCCGUUGGGUUUGAAGGUGAGGGAGAUGCCGAUCGUGGGUGGAACAGGAGCUUUCAGAUUCGCUAAAGGUUACGUCGAGUUCAGGACUUUGCAGUUCGAUCCCUCGACCGGCAAUGCCAUUUUGGACACCAACGUUUAUGUUGUUCGCUCCGGUUACUUCUGA